UCCCUCACCUCUCCUCAUCCUCACCAACAUGACUAAGUUUGUCUUCAUGGCCGUGUUGGCCCUGGUGGUGCUGGCCAUGGCACAUGCGGCCCCAGGCUAUGUCGGCGGCAUCGGCAGUGGGUUCGGAGGUUACGGCGGCGGGUUCGGAUUCUCUGGGUACGGUGGCGGGUACAACGGUGUCGGGUACGCUGGCUCCGUGGGUUCGCAUUAUGGCGGUGGGGUGGCUCGUGGCGGCUAUGGUGGCGGCUAUGGCGGGAGCUGCUCUUGA